AUGGGGGCCCACACAAGGUUGGAGGCAGGCAGCCUCAGACACCUUCCUUCUAACCACAGUUCCCUGGUGCCCACGUGCUGUGCUGGCUGGAGCCAGCAAGGGGAUGAGUGCGGUAUAGCGGUGUGUGAGGGCAACUCCACGUGCUCAGAGAAUGAGGUGUGCGUUCGGCCCGGCGAGUGCCGAUGCCGCCACGGCUACUUCGGCGCAAAUUGCGACACCAAGUGCCCGCGCCAGUUCUGGGGCCCGGACUGCAAAGAGCUGUGCAGCUGCCACCCGCACGGGCAGUGCGAGGAUGUGACUGGCCAGUGCACGUGUCACGCGCGCCGCUGGGGCGCACGCUGCGAGCACGCGUGCCAGUGUCAGCACGGCGCUUGCCACCCGCGGAGUGGCGCGUGCCGCUGCGAGCCAGGCUGGUGGGGCGCACAGUGCGCCAGCUGCUUCCGCGGUCGCUGUAACUCGGUGGACGGCACGUGCGCCUGCGAACCCGGCUACCGCGGCAAGUACUGCCGCGAGCCGUGUCCCGCGGGCUUCUACGGCCUGGGCUGCCGCCGCCGAUGCGGCCAGUGCAAAGGCCAGCAACCCUGCACGGUGGCUGAGGGCCGCUGCUUGACGUGCGAGCCUGGCUGGAACGGCACCAAGUGCGACCAGCUGUGCGCCGUCGGCUUCUACGGCGAGGGCUGCGGCCAGCGCUGCCCGCCGUGCCGCGACGGGCACGCCUGCAACCACGUCACCGGCAAGUGCACGCGCUGCAACGCGGGCUGGAUCGGAGACCGGUGCGAGACCAAGUGCAGCAAUGGCACCUACGGGGAGGACUGCGCCUUCGUGUGCGCGGACUGCGGCAACGGACACUGUGACUUCCAGUCCGGGCGCUGCCUGUGUAGCCCGGGUGUCCACGGCCCCCACUGCAACUUGACGUGUCCAUCCGGGCUCCACGGCGUGGACUGCGCGCAGGCCUGCAGCUGCCACGAAGACUCUUGUGACCCGGUCACCGGCGCCUGCCGCCUGGAGACCAACCAGCGCAAGGGUGUGAUGGGUGCCGGCGCGCUGCUGGCCCUGCUGCUCGGCCUGCUGCUCUCGCUUCUGGGCUGCUGCUGCGCCUGCCGAGGCAAGGACCCCGCCCGCCGGGAGCUCUCCCUGGGGAGGAAGAAAGCCCCGCAAAGGCUGUGCGGGCGCUUCAGCCGCAUCAGCAUGAAGCUGCCCCGGAUCCCACUCCGGAGGCAGAAACUGCCCAAGGUCGUAGUGGCCCACCACGACCUCGAUAACACACUCAACUGCAGUUUUCUGGAGCCCCCUUCCGGGCUGGAGCAGCCCUCGCCUUCCUGGUCCUCCAGGGCCUCCUUCUCCUCCUUUGACACCACUGAUGAAGGCCCGGUGUACUGCGUGCCCCAUGAGGAGGCAGCGGCCGAGAGCCGGGAUGCGGAGGCCCCAGCUGCCCCUGCAGAGGGGCUGGUGUUACCCCCUGCACCGCUGACCACUCAGGCACCCACGGAGGAAGCGGCACCCUUCCCGGUGUCUUCAGACAGCGAGCGCUCGGCGUCUAGCGUGGAGGGGCCCGGCGGAGCGCUGUAUGCCCGUGUGGCCCGGCGCGAGGCCCGACCGGCCCGGGCUUGGGGGGAGGCGGGGGGUCUCUCGCUGUCGCCAUCGCCAGAGCGCAGGAAGCCGCCGCCGCCCGACCCUGCCACCAAGCCCAAGGUGUCAUGGAUACACAGCAAGCACGGCGCAGCCGCCGCCCGUACGCCGUCACCGCUGCCCGUCGCUUCUGAGGCUGCGCCCAGUCCCAGCCAGAGGAAACGGACUCCCAGCGACCCUGCCUGCCUGCUGCCUGGUGUUGGGGAGGAGGGGAAGUUGGGCAGAGGUGACUGUGCCCUGGCCUGCUUUCCCAUCACUGGACCCCUGGGCACAAAUGAGACUUUGACGGUGUCCCAGGACCAUGUGGGAAGAAUCUCCUGA